GAGGUAAAUAAAAGACGACCCACGCUACUUCCUGUUUUGAUAACAACAAAAAACCUGUAAUUUCGUCUUUAGCUAUGGAUAGACAUAACUAGCUGUCAUGGAACGCCAUCUCUUUACUAACAGGUAGACUGUUAAAAUCAAGACUCAUAACUAUCGACAGGGCAUUGUGCUUUUGGGGUUGAAAUAACGUUACACCUGUGGUUCCCAACUGUUGUUGUGGGGAGAUGGCACUGAGCGCGAGCGGUUGGGCUCCAACGCCUGUGCCAGCCACAUUCCAGUCUGUACAUGGUGGGCCCGGACUGCAACACGGUUUUGAUGUCGGUGCGAGUGUCGGUUUGCCAUUCUGGAAUUCAACCGCUUUGCCUCCCCGGAGCUGGCGAUGAGGUUCUCCAUCUUCAGCUUAGUAUGGACCCCAGCAAAGCUGGAGAGUUUCGGCUAGCACUGAGGGACAGUAGCGGAAGCGGCCGUAGUGUGUUCAUUGCAGAGUUUGACUUGCGCUCUGUGCAGUAUGAGGUGAAGUCUCCACGCCUUCACGAGAAUCAUUUGGCAACGCCCCCUCACGACUGCAUCCGCUUCAACUUCUGCUGUGAUCUGGAGGCGGAGCAGUGGGCCACAGUGGUGAUGUCAUCCCUAAGAGAGGCACACAGAGUUGCUGCAAAUAGUUCCCCACAUCCUCUGGAUGACCGACAGAUGCACACCACAGCAGUAGCUCUAGAACAGUGCAGCACAGCCUCCUUACCACUCACUGAGGAGCUGCGCCUGGAGCUUGCCCGGGCGAUCGAAGCAGGCGACAGCCAGGCUGCUGCUCAGCAUGCAUCUGCUCUGGCUCACCAGAAGGUGGCGCUCACCAUCCAACUGUCUGAGAAGAGUUACGCAGAAGGAGAGAUACGUUUGGCUGUGGCAGUGGAGGACAUUUCCUCUUCCUGUUGCGUCACAGUGAAAGUUUUCCCACACAUGACCGUUGCAGCACUCAAGCAGCAGGUGUUUCUGGAGUAUGGCUUCCACCCUCGCGUGCAGCGCUGGGUGAUAGGGCAGUGUUUGUGCACAGAGCCCAGGUCCCUGGCCUCGUAUGGAGUCCAGAGGGAUGGGGACAUGGCCUACCUCUACCUGAUCUCAGCCCGCCAUGCCCACCUCACCCGCCAGCUGUUCCAGCAGGACGCCCUCCUCACCCCACCUCUGCCUACCAGCAACGGGUCUACGUCCCAGGACUGGAGGGGCUACAGCACCCUGCCCUCCAGGCUCAGCCACAACUCCCAGGAUUAUGCUGACAGGCUGGGUAUGAGCGAGAUCAGAGAGGCCCUCAACUUGGAGACUCUGCAGAACAACAAACCUGAUCAACCCUGCAAAGCCAGUAAAACACAGACAGAAUGGGUUUAUCCCUCCUGCACCUUUAUCAACAAUCCUUCCCGACCAGGCUGUGAGAUCUGCAGUACAGCCAGACCUGACUCGGGAGCACCGCCUCAUACAACAGGAGAAAGGAAUAAGAGUGGAGCAGGGGGAGAUUGGUGCAUUGAUCAGUUGACUGCCUCGCAACCUUUACCAUAGCCUGGAUGACUGAUCACACACAACUGACACCAACUUACUGCUUCUUAGGUAAAAACCCACUACUGACAAACACUAGAGGUAUAUGGAUGCUGUCGCACACAUGGAGCUCCACUUGCAGUGGCUCACAAAAGGAACUACCUGUAUAGUCAAUGGGAGCUGGCUUUUUGACUCUCCACUGGACAUGAUGUCAGUCAGCAACCUUUGCCUUGUGGUAGACUUUCUAUUUAUUUAUUUUACAUUGGGGAGGGGUGGAAUAGUCCUAUAUUUAUUCCAGAGGGGUAGGUGGUGCUUCCCUUCUCUCUACCUGAUAUCUCAGAUGAGAGAAUAUGGUAUAUUUUGAAGUUGGCCAACUGGGAUACUUUUGAGUAUUGAAAGUGCAGUUUAAAACCAAGGCCUGUAUUCAAACUCAGAGUAGGUGUGCUGGUCUAGGAUCAGAUGUAUUUUAGAUCAUAAUUAUAUAGACAUGGGGGACCUGAUCCUAGAUCAGUACUCCUACUCUGAGAUACAUUGUUAAUACAGGCCCAGGUCUUGCUGGUCAAUGGUUGGUGCCAUUUGGUUUGAUGGGAUGAGGGGGAUUGGUUGCUAUGAGGCAAGUCUGUGGGAGUGACAGGGUUUUAAAGUGAUUUUAUUGUUGAUGCGUUUCACCUAUUUGUCAUAAGUUUCUCUGUCUGAACUGUGUUAGUGACAGAAUUAUGUUUUGUCAAACAUAACUGUAUAAAAUGGUUUUAGCUGAAUAAACAUACGUUGAUCAA